AUGAGAAAAAUUUCCCAUAUAUUGCAAAAAGGUCCCGUCAUCCAGCAACCUGGCAAAGCGAAUACCCUGAUGACAGAAAUGCCCGGAGGGGACAUGGAUCUUUGGCAACAAAUUGCUUCUCGUAACUUUGAAUUGAAGACGGAGUGCGGUUUCUCACUGUAUGCAGAGCAUCUUGGCGGGAAGCUCGGUGGCGCAAAAUCUCCUGUCUGUGAUCUACUGUACGAGCGCGCAAGGCCAGCAUGGCAGAAGCUAACAGCACAUGAGAAGCAGAUUUGGAUAAAUCGUGCAAUGGAGCUGGCCCGAUUGGAUCCGAGGAGGCGAUGUUUCGAUAUACAAUCGAACCCCGUGAGAAGUAGUGAAUUCGUACCACGUCGACGUCGUAGAGCGGAACAGCGCUCUGAGGAUUUCCGCCGCCUUCCGUUCGUAACAGAUGACGAGAUCGAGGAGGAUGAAUUUUUUGCAGUUGAACAACCUGUUACUACUAUUGAAGAUGGAGAUGAGUCUUUGGAUCAAUUCUUUGCGACAAAGUAUGAAAAAGAUCGUACAAUGGUCAGAGAUGCGAUAAUGAGUCAAACAGAUGGAUGUAUCGAUAAGAUCAAGGAACUGCGAUUUCUUAUUGCUGCAGUUCAAACAUUCGGCAACGUUGAUGGAAUGUGCCUCAUGGCCGAAUAUGCCAUGAAUGAGUUCAAUCUAAGAGAUGGAGUUGUAGAUAGGUUUUCUACCGUGGUUGGUCCAUGGCAAAUUUCUAAUGAAAUCCAAAGGAGUAGAGCUGAAUUUCACUCUAAUGAAACACAUCGAAUUCCGUUAACGAUUGCGUCCACUCAACUGGAUAAAAGACAACUAGUGAUGGAGAUUUUGGGGAGAUGUGAGCCUGAAAUAGCUCGGAGGCAAGGAAUUCGUGUAGGGUUGUACACAGAUGAGGCUGAGGACAUAGAUGAUCGCUUCAAUCGUCUCUAUGUAGGAGAUAGGAAUCCGUAUUUACUUGCUAAUGAAGAGGGACGUCGAUGGAUCAUCUGCCUAAAGCAGGAAUAUCGGAAUAUGUUGGCAGCAAAUCAGCACCUCGCACGAUCUCUUGGCUUGGAUUAUCCGGGUUUUCCCAGCUCGGACGAUAGAUAUGUGCUUGCUGACGCUUUUUUGGCCGCCCUAGCUGAUUGCCUUCAAGGAGAGGCGGUGAGUGAGGCAGGAGGUUGGCUGGCUGCACUAGGAAAACAUCUUCCUGAAGAGUUUGCUACACCAUGGGAACGAAGCGGGGAACUUUUUUGUACUCGACAUCGAGCUGAGAGGAAUUCAUGCUGUGCUACAGUGACUGCGUCAAGGGCCACGUUCAUAAUUCUUUACGCCGUCGAGCAAUUGCUCAAGUAG